UACUCCAAACCCUUUUCCCCAAAAUCCCCCUUUCCCUGUCUUGCACAAAUUUCAAAUCCCCCUUUCUCUCUCUAACCCCCCCAAUUAUAUAGAUACAGCAGAAUGUAUGUAUAUUUGACCGCCGUACCAUUUGAAUGCAUCAUCACCCACCGUCUUUGCCCCGUCUCCUGCCAUUGACGUGUGGAACGAACUUGAUUGAACCAACCACACAUUAUUAUUUCUCUUUCUACCAUUUCUAACUUUUUUUUUUUUUUUUUUCUUGAGGGAGAAGAGUCCUUUCCUUUGCUCGCUUUCAGGGGCUGCUGCAGACAGUUAUUGGGUUGGGACUAGUGAGGAGUGAGAGUUGUCUUUCAGUGGGGAAUCCCCAUUGUUGUUGUUCUUGUUGCUGUCGCCCUUUCUCUCUCUAUAUUUCUUUUUUUUUUGGUCUCAAAUCUCGUUAAUCCUCUGAUCUGACGGGCAAUUAAUACUUGUUUGCGGCCAAUCGAUCACUAAUUCGAAAUAACCCAACCCCCCCUUUCUUUGCCUUUUUUAUAUCUUCGUCGAUUGUGGAUGCCUGCCAUAUCUGAUUCAUAUUCGAAGCUUUGCUUAUAAACUUGGCUAUGGAGUUUAAUGUUCAUUGCCGAGCUCGAAGAAAUGGGCACGCCGCCUACCAAAAUGGGGACUUGAACUCGUCGAGAUGUGACGAUGAAAUUGAUCCAUGGACUGCUUGGGCUUACCGGCCUCGCACCAUUACAUUAUUACUUAUCGGCGCUUGCUUUCUUGUAUGGGCUAGCGGCGCGCUCGAUCCUGAACGGAGUUUGCAACAUGAUGUUGUAACCUCAGUGACGAGCAGGGGUGUUUGGGCGAUGAUUGCCGUGUUUCUUGCUUAUUGCUUAUUACAAGCCCCUUCGACGGUACUUAUUCGGCCACAUCCUGCAAUUUGGCGUCUCGUUCAUGGAAUGGCCGUUAUUUAUCUCGUCGCGUUAACUUUUUUGCUUUUUCAGAAGCGUGAUGAUGCACGGCAAUUUAUGAAAUUCUUGCACCCGGAUCUUGGCGUCGAGCUUCCUGAAAGAUCGUACGGCGCUGAUUGCCGAAUUUACACACCCGAAGAUCCCACAAGCAGGUUUAAGAAUGUUUAUGAAACACUUUUCGACGAGUUUGUUCUGGCUCAUAUUCUCGGGUGGUGGGGAAAAGCUAUAAUGAUCCGAAAUCAGCCACUUCUUUGGGUACUUUCCAUCGGAUUCGAAUUGAUGGAGUUUACCUUUCGACAUAUGUUGCCAAACUUCAACGAGUGCUGGUGGGACAGCAUCGUUCUUGAUGUAUUUAUCUGUAAUUGGUUUGGUAUUUGGUCGGGAAUGCGCACGGUUCGUUAUUUUGAUGGUAAGACGUACGAGUGGGUUGGGAUUAGCCGGCAGCCUAACAUCAUGGGCAAAGUGAAACGAACGUUGGGUCAGUUUACGCCGGCGAGGUGGGAUAGAGACGAGUGGCACCCGUUUCUUGGCCCGUUACGAUUUGUUCAAGUUUUGAGUCUUUGCAUAGCGUUCUUGACGGUUGAGCUCAACACAUUCUUUCUGAAGUUUUGUCUUUGGAUCCCGCCGCGGAAUCCCCUCAUAAUUUAUAGGCUCGUUUUGUGGUGGCUCAUCGCGAUACCAACGAUUCGCGAGUACAAUUCUUACUUGCAAAACAGAAAAUUGGUGAAAAAAGUCGGGGCAUUCUGUUGGCUUUCGCUCGCUAUCUGCAUUGUCGAGCUUCUAAUUUGCAUUAAGUUCGGACAUGGGCUUUUCCCGAACUCUAUGCCGAGAUGGCUGGUUGUGUUUUGGACAUCAGCUGCAAUCGGGCUCGUGGGAUUCUUGGGAGCGUGGUCGUGGCAACUACACCGAUCGAUGAAGAGAAAGCUACAAUAGGUUAAUUCGAUUCUUGUUUCGCGCAUCAUUUGGAUCUCUGCUAUUUAACAUGUUGUAGUGUAAAUAACCGGGAAUUCUUUCGUCGCUGUAAAUGUCGGCCUCGUCCUCGUAGGUUAGCGAUCUCACAUUUGUCGGUCUAGAGCCCGCGAUUCGUUCGUCGUAGCCUCCCAUUUUUGCAAGAAACUCUUGCAACUCAUUCCUUUUCAAUAGAUAUACAAAUUCAUUGUUUCUUGAAUUAUAAGCAUGUUUUUGGAUCCCAAAUUUCUUGAAUUAUAUUACUAGUACUAUUCCAA